AUGGACUCGCCGAUUUGUGCAGGUCUAGGCAACAACAAUUGGCUAUGGCUUGGUGCAAUAAUAGCUUCAUCAUUUGUCAUGUUCCUUCUCAUACUAUGCAUCGUCACGCAAUACUAUAUCUACCCCAUUGAUCACAACACUGAGGAGAUAUACCAUUUUUCCUAUUUUGUACUCUGGGACAUGUUUUUGCUUUGUGCCUGCAUUUUUAUAACUUCUAGUGCAGUCUUUCUUUUCUGCAAGAAAGAGCAUGCCAUGGAAGGGAAGCAAAUUCAGAACUUAGAAGUUCCAACUCCUACAGCAUCACCAGGUUCGUGGUUUCGCAACACGGAGAGAGAGCUCGAAAGCCUUCCUCAUCAAUCACUUGUUCAAGCUACCAAGGUGCAUUUUGGUGCAAGGCCUGAUCUUAAAAGAAUUUUGUCCGAUUGCAAAGCCUCAGAUGUUGGAGUCCUAGCUUGUGGACCAAGGAAAAUGCGACAUGAAGUUGCCAAAAUUUGUUCAUCUGGUUUAGCAGAUAACUUGCACUUUGAAUCCAUUAGCUUCAACUGGUGA